UUAUAGUGUCGACAGCAGGUGGGUACCGAUGAGCACUUCGAUGAGCUCGGCGAGCCGGAACGAGUCGUACCUGCAAGACCAGAUCCGCGCACUCCAGGUGCAGGGAGACUACUAUGCGCGCAAGGUCGAGAUUGAGAAGCGGCGCAGCGACGAGCUGGACCACCAGCUCAAGCAAUUCCGAGAUACCCACAACGAAACCAAGAAACUCAUGAGUCCGACGGGGGGACUGGGGGGCAGCACGCAGGCCAAGCCGCCGUCCGCGGAGCAGUCGAUCGACCAACGCUCGAUCCGGACGCUGGAGAAUCGGUUAGAAAAAGUGCUCAUCCGACUCAACGAAGCGUGCAACGCCAACAAGAAACUGCGCGAGCAAAUCCAAAACCUUCGGCGGGAAAAGGUGCAGCAGCAGCAAAUCCACGAAAAGUUAGACCGGGAGCUGCACACCAAGCAGCUGGACGUGGCCAAGACGACGCAGCUGACGCAGAGCACGUACGAUGCCCGGGACCGCGCGCAGCGUCAGGUGGAAGCGCUCAAGCUGCAGACGGCGGAGGAAACGGCGCGGUUCGAAGCCGACUGGAACGAGCUCAAGAACGUGAUCGAGGUGGACCGGGUGCACCUCCGCGCGUCCCAGCACCACGGGUCCAUAUUUGUGGAUGGCGACGACAGCCAGGACCGGGACAUCGGCACGCCGGACGCCAAGCUCCGGGACGAAACGCUUAAAACGUCGUGGCUGAUCAGCGCCAAGGAGGCCGAUCUGCGCAAGCAGACGGAGCGGCUCAAGGCGUACGAGGACGGCUUGGCUAAGAUCCGCAAGAAGACUGGGAUCAAGGACAUUGGGGAGCUCGCGAAUGCGCUCAUGUCGGCGGAAGAGAAGAACUUUUCGCUGUUCAACAUGAUCAACGAACUCAACACGGAGAUGGAGGCCGUGGAGAUCGAGAACAACCGGUUCCAGGACAUGAUCGUCGAGUGCCAGGGGUCAGGCAGCGACAUCAACCGCGCGCGCAUCAAGGCGAGUCUGGAGGAGCAGAUCGACAAGUCCAAGCAGAAGGCGGCGCACUUCGAGGGCCGCGUGUCCGAGUCCAUGGCCGUGAUCGAUUCGAUCAAGACCGGCGCCAUGAAUAUCUUCCACAAGAUCGGGUACAAUGACGAAGUGCUGCUCCAGCAACUCAACUCGACCGGGCUCACGGACAUCAACAUGCUGAAAUUCCUGGGUAUUAUCGAGAAACGCAUCGGCGAAAUCGUUCAGAUGCACAACAUUGUGUACGCGCAGCAGUCGGGCAAGCUGGACGCGACGGCGGCGCACAAAGCGGUGCCGUCCAGCAACCAUAAGAAGACGACGCUGCUCGGAGGACACGACCUGCACCCGCAGCCCCCGGACUUUAUGGACGACGACGGCGACGACCCCGAGGAGGAUGUGAAGCCCUGCACCAUCGCCGAAAUCCAAGAACGAACCGCCGCCGCCAUCAGUCGCCGCAAGGACAAGGCCGCCAAGAAGAGAGUGUCGUAAAGGGUUUCGUUUACACUAAUACUACAUGUCGACGAUCUCGAACCAAGUGUGAGCUUAUGCAAUGAAUGUCGAAAUUCGGGGUUUCGGGGUUGCAUUGAAUAUGCGAAACCCCGAUACCCCUUAGUAGCACUAUCGUUAAACACAAACUACCAAAACCACCUUCCCCUCUAUUUUUAUAAAUACAAAUAAUUAUAAACCAACACUGUUCGUG